GGCUGAGCAACUACAACAAAUUCAACAUUGAAACAAGUUUUACUCCAACUCAACAACAUCAUGGCACCUAAACGGAAACUUUCAGAUUCAGAUGCCGCGGAAGUGGUACACCCAUCUAGACAAGUUCAAGUCUAUGGUGAUGAGCCUAAACCUGCAAAGAAGCGCAAGUCAGAACCCGCAUUCAACAAGAAACAAGCACAUGCUUCAAGCGUUAAUACCAUAAAGAAGAAGAUAAGAGAUACAACAAGGAAGCUUGAAAGAGCACAAGAUCUUCCUGCAGAUGUGCGCGUAGAGAAUGAACGGGCUCUUGCUGCAUAUCAACAGGAAUUGGCUUCUGCGGAAGCAGAGAAAAUUAGACAGAAAAUGAUCAAGAAAUACCACAUGGUUCGAUUCUUUGGUAUGAUAUUGUCGCAUAGGGCUUGCUUUUCGUACUAAUUUGGUAUUUUAGAGCGUCAAAAGGCCACUAGACAACUAAAGAAGCUUCGAAAACGCCUUCUGGAAACACAAUCUACCGAGGAAGUUGAGCAAUUGAAGGAAGAAAUGCACAUUCUUGAAGUGGAUCUCAAUUAUACUCAAUACCACCCUCUAAGCGAAACAUACAUUAGUUUAUAUCCCCCGAAAGGAUCGAAAGAGGAUACAGAGGACAAAGCGGAUAAGGCGAAGCCUCCGAUGUGGAAGGAGGUUGAAAAGUGCAUGGAGGAAGGAACUCUUGAUCGAUUAAGGAAUAGAAAACCAGAGGCCACUAUUUCAACCACAAAAUCCAUCAAACUUCCGGAGAGAAAGUCUGUAAAACAUAAGCCAGUACCAAAACCAAAAUUGGAAGAGCAAGCUCCAUCAAUUGAUACUACAGGAAUGAAUCGACGCCAGAGAAGAGCCCAGCGCGGGGUGAAAGAUUCGAGGGCUACGAAGAUUGCAAAGAAUAAGUCUACAGGUUUUUCUAAGAACCAAGCAUUUGGGGCCGUCGAGGGAGCAAAAGCAGACGAGGCACAAGACGGAAAUGUUAGUGAUGGAGGUUUCUUCGAGGAGUAAUCGUAAUUAUCUGGAGUUAGGCUGUACUACGAUACCCUUUUUAUCAAACAUGUUUAUGUGAAAGCCUGCUAUUGCUGCUACAUUGUUCUGCCCUUCGAUUAAGUCAUGCU